CGCGCCCCGCCCCCGCGGCUGCGCCAGGGAGAGCGGCGCGGACGAACCGCUACGACAGAGGCCCGCCUGGGGCCGCGAAACCGAGAUCCCGACGUAACGAGCCUCCCUUCAUCGAGGAAACGCAACCCUCCGUGUUGUCCUGGGAUUUUGCAGAGCAAGGAAGUCUGAGUCUCCUGGCAGAAGGUUCGGUGUGUUGGAGACACUGGGACACCCGACGAGUCUGUUUGCUUUGCUUCCUGUGUGAAAGGAAUGAGCAAAGUCCCUGUCCCCGUAUCUGCUGGACAGCCUGGCAUGUUGCCGUCCUGUGCUUGAAGUCGAGGCUCCCCCCUCCCAGGCGGGGAGCCCCGGAUCUGGCGGGUGCAGGCAUGCCGGUGCUGUCUGAGGACUCCGGCCUGCAUGAGACCCUGGCGCUGCUCACUUCCCAGCUGAGACCGGACUCCAGCCACAGGGAGGAGAUGGGCUUCUUGCGGGGUGUCUUCAGCGAGCGGAGCCUCAGCUACCUGAUGAAGAUUCACGAGAAGCUGCGUUGUUACGAGCGGCAGAGUCCAACCCCAGUCCUGCACAGUGCUGUGGCCCUGGCUGAGGAUGUGGCGGAGGAGCUGCAGGCUGCCUCGGUGCAUAGUGACCAGAGGGAGCUGCUGCAGUUGUUGGCCACGCCCCACCUCAGGGCCAUGCUCAUGGUGCACGACACCGUGGCCCAGAAGAACUUUGAUCCGGUGCUCCCCCCUCUGCCUGACAACGUAGAUGAGGACUUUGAGGAGGAGUCAGUGAAGAUCGUGCGCCUGGUGAAGAACAAGGAGCCCCUGGGAGCCACUAUCCGGCGGGAUGAGCACACAGGAGCCGUGGUGGUGGCCAGGAUCAUGCGAGGGGGUGCCGCGGACCGCAGCGGCCUGGUCCAUGUUGGGGACGAGCUCCGAGAGGUGAACGGUGUCACCGUCCUGCACAAGCGGCCCGAGGAAAUCAGCCAGAUUCUGGCCCAGUCGCAGGGCUCCAUCACCCUCAAGAUCAUCCCGGCCACUCAGGAGGGGGACCGCUUCAAGGAGAGCAAGGUGUUCAUGCGGGCCCUGUUCCACUACGACCCCCACGAGGACCGCGCCAUCCCCUGCCAGGAGGCAGGGCUGCCGUUCCAGUGCAGGCAGGUGCUGGAGGUGGUGAGCCAGGACGACCCUACCUGGUGGCAGGCUAAGCGUUUGGGUGACACCAACCUUCGGGCCGGCCUCAUCCCUUCCAAGCAGUUCCAGGAGAGACGGCUGAGCUACUGGAGAGCCACGGGCACCUUGCCAAGCCCCCCAAGCCUUAGGAAGCCGCCGUACGACCAGCCUUAUGACUCAGAGACCUGUGACUGUGAUGGGCACUUCAAAGGCCACUACGUGGCUGGUCUGCGGAGGAGCUUCAGGAUUGGCUGCCGCAAGAGGCCAGGUGGUUCACAGGAUGGGAAGGUACCUGUGGGCUCUGAGCCCUUGGAGUUGCCCACCUAUGAGGAAGUGGCCCAGUACCAGCCGCAGCCUGGCGAGCGGCCCCGCCUGGCAGUUCUGAUUGGGUCUCUGGGCGCCCAGCUGCAGGAGCUGAAGCAGAAGCUGGUGGCUGAGAACCCACAGCGCUUUGGUGUUGCCGUGCCACACACCACCCGGCCGCGGCGGAGCCACGAGAAGGAGGGCGUGGAGUAUCACUUCGUCUCCAGGCAGGUGUUCGAGGCCGACCUCCAGCACAACAGGUUCCUGGAGCAUGGCGAGUACAAAGAGCACCUGUAUGGGACCAGCCUGGGCGCCGUGCGCGCCGUGCUGGCCAGGAACAAGGUCUGCGUGGUAGACGUGGAGCCAGAAGCCCUGAAACAGCUGUGGACCUCAGAGUUCAAGCCCUACGUUAUCCUCGUGAAGCCUGUGGUGCAGGAAAGGAGGAAGACACCGCCCCUGUCCCCAGCCAGUGAGGACGAAGCGGCCCUGCCUGACGAGGAACAGCAGGACGUGGCUGCCUCCGCCGCCUACAUGGACCAGCACUAUGGACACCUGGCAGAUGCGGUGCUGGUGCGGGAGGACCUGCAGGGUGCUUGCACGCAGCUCCGGGCGCUGCUGGAGAGGCUGGGCACAGAUGCCCAGUGGGUGCCCGUAGGCUGGGUCAGGUAACUGCCCAGGACAUCCUGCUGCUGGGCACUCGGGACCACGUGACCAGCCUGCCUCAGCCUACCAUCAGGGAUCCACCAUGGAGAGCAGCCCCAUGGACUCCCCUCAGGGAGGGGACAAGUGGGGAAUGACGUGUUGCUGGGUUGUCUGUUGCUUGUCACUGUGCCUCUUUCUGAGCUGAGAGGAACGCGUCACAGAGCCCCCUGUCACUUAUUAAAGCACACACAAGCUGG